AUGUUCCAAAUUUUCUCCUACGAAGGUACAGAUGUUAGUAGAUCUUCUUGGUACCUCUUCAGUCGCGUUCGGCGUCUGUAUCAUCGCCCAGAGAUUCCGCGAGAUCCUUCCCAGAAUCUCACCCAACUGUUCCCCUUCCGGGAUUUUAUUCAGUUUGUCAUUGACCAUUCAAAACAUACCAAAGAUGGCACCUGGAAAGUUAAUGGCUUUGUGGACAUACAUUGGUUGCCCAUAUCAAAACAGUGCUUUCCCUGCCAGGUGCGCUAUGACAUCAUAGGCAAAUUGGAAACCUUCGACGAAGAUCUUGACCAAGUAGCAAAACACGUCGGUAUUCGCCAGAAAAUUCUCUAUCCUUCUUCUAUGAAACGGAAAACAUUUGGACACGUCAAAGAGGCCUUUAAAACACUGUCGCUCCAGCAGAUUGCAGAAUUAAAGAGAAUUUACUGCCAAGAUUUUAAACUUUUUAAUUAUGAAGAUGCAGUAGAGUGA